GAAGUGGAGCUUGCUUUACAUCCGUCCUCCCCGCCUCGCAGAGUUGGGAGAAGGAAGGUUGGGGGGUGUGGAAAAAAAUAAAAGGAAAAGUCCUUGCACCAUGUAGAGCAGCGCCCCCCGCCCUGGCACCGCAGCCGGCCGGGGACCUCCCAGUCUGCGGCCAUGAACGCGAGCGGCGAAGGCGAGAGCUUCCCCGGCUCGGUGCAAAUUCCCGGCAGCACAACCGUGCUGGUUGAACUGACCCCGGACAUCCACAUCUGCGGCAUCUGCAAGCAGCAGUUUAACAACCUAGAUGCCUUUGUAGCUCACAAGCAGAGCGGCUGCCAGCUGACCAGCACGACGGGAACGGCCCCCGGCACAGUCCAGUUUGUAUCGGAGGAAACGGUGCCUGCCACCCAGACUCAGACCACCACCAGAACCAUCACUUCAGAGACCCAGACGAUCACAGUUUCAGCUCCAGAAUUUGUGUUUGAACAUGGCUAUCAAACUUAUCUGCCCACGGAAAGCAACGAAAACCAAACGGCCACUGUCAUCUCUCUCCCCACCAAGUCAUCACGCACCAAAAAGCCUUCGGCCCCACCUGCUCAGAAAAGGCUUAACUGUUGCUAUCCAGGUUGCCAAUUCAAGACUGCCUAUGGUAUGAAGGAUAUGGAGCGGCAUUUAAAAAUUCACACAGGAGACAAACCCCACAAGUGUGAAACGUGUGGCAAGUGCUUCAGCCGGAAGGACAAGCUGAAGACGCACACGCGGUGCCACACGGGCGUGAAGCCCUACAAGUGCAAGACGUGUGACUACGCGGCAGCCGACAGCAGCAGCCUCAACAAGCACUUGCGCAUCCACUCCGACGAGCGGCCCUUCAAAUGCCAGAUCUGCCCCUACGCCAGCCGCAACUCGAGCCAGCUCACCGUCCACCUGCGCUCCCACACCGCUUCAGAACUAGACAGUCACAUUCCAAAGCCUGCUGAAGGCAGUGACACCCAAAAGGCUCCUGCCAUCGCACCCCCAUCAGAGUCAAGGGAACAAACGGCCACCACCCUUGGAGAGAGGACAUUCAACUGCUGCUAUCCAGGGUGCCACUUCAAAACUGUUCACGGCAUGAAAGACUUGGACCGCCAUCUAAGAAUCCACACAGGAGACAAACCACACAAGUGUGAGUUCUGUGACAAGUGCUUCAGCCGGAAAGACAACCUGACCAUGCACAUGCGGUGUCACACCAGCGUGAAACCGCACAAGUGUCACCUGUGUGACUAUGCUGCUGUGGACAGCAGCAGCCUCAAGAAGCACCUGCGGAUCCAUUCAGAUGAGCGACCCUACAAAUGCCAGCUCUGCCCCUAUGCCAGCCGCAACUCCAGCCAGCUCACCGUCCACCUGCGCUCCCACACAGGGGACACCCCCUUCCAGUGCUGGCUCUGUAGCGCCAAGUUCAAAAUCAGCUCGGACUUGAAAAGGCACAUGAUCGUGCACUCGGGGGAGAAGCCUUUCAAGUGUGAGUUCUGCGACGUGCGCUGCACCAUGAAGGCGAACCUCAAGUCGCACAUCCGCAUCAAGCACACCUUCAAGUGUCUGCACUGCGCCUUCCAGGGCCGGGACCGGGCCGACCUCCUGGAGCACAGCCGGCUGCACCAGGCCGACCACCCCGAGAAGUGCCCCGAGUGCAGCUAUUCCUGCUCCAGCGCCGCGGCCCUGCGCGUGCACAGCAGGGUCCACUGCAAAGACCGUCCCUUCAAAUGUGACUUCUGCAGCUUCGACACCAAGCGGCCCAGCAGCCUGGCCAAGCACAUCGACAAGCUGCACAGGGAUGAGGCCAAGACCGAGAACAGGGCCCCGCAAGGCAGGGAAGGGCUCAGGGAGAGCGGUGCCCACCAGAUGGCCAAGAUCGUGACCCAGAGGGCCUUCCGCUGCGAGACCUGCGGUGCCUCCUUCGUCAGGGACGACUCCCUGAGAUGCCAUAAAAAGCAGCACAGCGACCAGAGUGAAAACAAGAACUCGGACUUGGUCACCUUCCCGCCUGAAAGCAGCGCCUCGGGACAGCUCGGCCCCCUGGUCUCUGUGGGACAGCUGGAGGCCCCCCUGGAGCCCAGCCAUGACCUCUAGUGCAGCCAGGGUGGGCUGUCCAUCCAUUGGGGAGCUGGCUGUCCCAGCCUCCCGGGGCCUCCAGCAGCCGAGGUUGAAGCAACUUUAACAUGGGAACAUGCGUUGCCCGAGCCACACCACGGAGACUGCCCUUGACACUGCCUGAGCAGUUUGCCUGGGCUGUUCAAAGGUGGGGACCACGGAGUCUGCUCCAUCCAGCAGACAGACUUGUCCAUGAUGGACUCCGACUUUAAAACUGACCCAUCCCUGAUGGACUUGUUCAGCUAGUUAGAGGACAUAGAAAACUAAAACCGAACUAAUCUGUAGAGUGGGGAGGGUUAAGUGGAGGAUAGGAUAUGUGGAGGGUAUGGGGGGACUGGGAAAGUUAUAUUUCUUAACCUGGGUAGUGAUCGUAAGAGCAUCUGCCUUAUACAUUUGUGUGGUUUCUUUUAUCUAUUUUACAAUAAAAAGGCAGGCUCAUCUGUAGAGUGACAGAAGAGAAACACAAUUUUUCUUUACAUUCCUCCAUACUCGGUUUAUGGUAGAGGAAAGGCUUCCGGAGCCCCAUCCAUUCAGUGACUUAAUGAUAAAUCCCAUGCACUUGGGAUUUAGCCUUGCAGUGAUGCAAAAUGCAGUUUGACCUGGAGGUGGCGCCAAAGAUCAAGCUAAUGGUAGCACAGCCUGUGCGGUGGGCGGUAGAAUUUGAACAACAGAAGAGUUGUGUCAGAAAGAAAAGUGGCAGGGUGGUAAGCCCUGGACCUGGUUCUGGGAUGUGAGAUGUUUGGAACAGCCUAAGCUGAGGUUUUUCGCAGCACAAAAUGCACUUGGUGUUUGCUAAAUGAUACAGGUGAAAAUCUAACCCUUAUAAGCAGAUCUUGUCCUGGGGUUGACACUCAGUAGGCUAGAGGAUCCCUGUGGAUAUAUCAUUUAUCCAGAGCUCAUUGUUUGUCUACUUCAGUGUCUUUCCUUUCAAUACAAACUUUGUUUAAUAUAAAGUCUUGGGUGCCCUCA